CAUUUCUUCUUGGUUAAACCAACAUAGAGAGAGGGGAAAAGAUAAGAAAGAAGAAGAAAAAAACUCUUGCAAUUCUCAUGAACUGCGGAGUCGUAUUGGGCUUCUAUUGCUGGGGUUGGGAGUUCUUAACCGCCCUUCUUCUCUUCUCCGCUUUUUCCUACAAAUUAUCAUCUUUUUAAUUAUUGUUUAGUUUUUUUUUUCCCAUAAUCCUCUUAGCUCUAGCGUUAAAAAUUUCAUUCAGAAAAAGCAAAUUAGGAAUUAUCAUAAUAGAAAUACUUUUGAUUAGAUUAGAUAAAGAAAGUCUCUCCCUCCAAAAAAAAAAAAAAACCUUUUAUUUGAUGGUGAUGAUGAUGAUGAAUAAUGAAUGUGAGAAGAGUUUGCUUGAAUACGUGAGGAAGUCGACGCCGCCACCUUUCUUGCUGAAAACCUACAUGCUGGUGGAGGAUCCGGCCACCGACGAGAUCAUAUCGUGGAACAACGACGGGUCGGCUUUCGUCGUGUGGCAGCCGGCGGAGUUCGCCAGGGAUUUGCUCCCGACGCUCUUCAAGCACAGCAAUUUCUCCAGCUUUGUCCGGCAGCUCAAUACUUACGGAUUCCGCAAAAUAGCAACUAGCCGAUGGGAGUUCAGCAACGACAUGUUUGGGAAAGGCAAGAAGGAUCUCCUAUGCGAAAUUCGUCGAAGAAAAGCAUGGACCAACAAAUCAUCAGAAAAACGGAACCACAAUCAUCAUCAUCAUCAUCAGGCUUCAGAUAAUCAAGCAACAAAUCAUAAUAAGGACACCCAAUCCGAUGAAGACCAACAAAGCCAAAGGUCAUCAUCAACUAAUUCAUCAUCAUCCCACGAGUUCAAUGUCCUUGUUGAUGAGAACAAAAGGCUCAAGAAAGAAAAUGGAUUCUUGAGUUGCGAACUUGUUACCAUGAAGAAGAAAUGUAAGGAUUUGCUUGAUUUGGUAGCCCUUUAUUCUUCUAAUAACAAUAUUAAUGCUGGCAAUGAUCAUCAUUUUGCACUGAAAAAACCUGAUCAAAUUGAUGAUGACAACGAUGAUGAUGAGGUGGUUGAUGAUCAGAGACCUAAGCUCUUUGGUGUGAGGUUGGAAGUUCAAAAAGGAGGAGGAAACAGGAAGAGGAAGUUUGGGCCUAUUCAACACAAGGCUGCUGUUUGUCUGUUUCAGUCAUGCAAAUAAAAUUUCCAAUUAAUUUGUCAUGUUUUAGUGAUAAUUAAUCUAGUUGUUUUCUUUUCUUCCUUUUUUUUUUGAGAAAUUAAUGUUGUUACGAAUAAUUAUGUACUUAUUUAUACACAAGUAGUAGUAUUGGUGUGUUUUCACAGAGAAAGAGAUGGUUUAAUGUUUAAGCUGUAAAUAACAUCUCGUAGCCACCACUAGAAUACUCGAAUUAUCUUAAUUUCUUACCCAACAAGUAUUAUAAAUACAAAAUGUAACAACAAAUUCGGUA